CGCGAUGCUCAUCGACCUCCGAUCACCAAUCUCAGUCGUGUCCUCGUGUCUCUGGUUCUGGUGAAUUCCCUCUGACGUGAUCAGUACGCCUCCACAAGUCGUCCUCUCCCUGGGUGACACAAGCGGCUCCAAGGCAACUCUGAAGGGAAGGAGGCUGCAGGUCGCUGGCUCUUCAUCUCGCGCCACGGACGGGGAUCGGAUCUCAGAGCGCAGAGUCCCCCCUGACAUGGAUGCCUUAUCGGACCACUGACCAUUGACAGAAACAUGCCGACAGUCCUCAGCGGCAAAAGGGAACUUUCCAUCGUCCGUUUUCUGCCUCGAUGCGCAUCUUCUCAGGACGCAGGAAGUCACAAACACCAGUGUGCCAAAGACAUUCAAGGGGACAUGACUCAGUCUUGGCCCUCCCAGCAUGCCUUAGGGGGUGACCAGGCCCAGCGCUUCCUCUACAAUCCCAAGGAUGCAAAGCAGCACACAGUGCUGCAGAGACAAGCCCGGGGCGAUGUCCAGAUGCGAAUGACCCGACCCCCUCAUGUGGCACCCCACAAAUCCAUGCUGGCUGACGACCUGGAUCUCAGCAGCGAUGACGAGGACAAUCGCAGGGCCAAUCGUCAGUCCUCCUGGGAUGAUCACAGCCUGACGGCUCCGCGCACGAACACCCAUAGCGCGCGAGUGCGACAUUCCAGCUCCGACUCCUCUGGCUCAGAGUCGUCGGGCGAGUCGGAGAGCAGUAGCCAACGCUCCCGGAGUCCCGUCCCCGAAGCCAGCUCUGACCCGGGGUCGCCUGGCAACGCACGGCCGCUGCCCACCGAGGAGACACACCACCCCUCUACCGCCCAGUGGCAGCUGGAUAAGUGGCUCAAGAAGGCCCGCAAAAAAUCCUCCAGCAUCCAACCAGAUCCCAGGGAGACCUCCAGCCUGAUCGUCCCGGCCAGCUUGCCCUCCCCGCAGGCGGACAGAGCCCCGUCCCCAGCCCGGUCCUGGGACCACGCUCAGGAUUACAGCCCCAGCCAAAGCCUCAUCCCCAGCCCGCACUUCAACUACAGCCCCGGGAGCAGCCCUUUGCUGAGUCCCGGCUACAGCUUCUGCCCCAGCCCGUUCCCCAGCACCUGUCCCAGCCCGAGCCCCCGACACAGCCCCGACCGCAGCCCGCUCCACAGCGCCUGUCCCAGCCCACACGGCGGCCCCAGAGCCUGCCCCAGCCCCAUAGGCCGGCACCCUCCGAGGUGUCCCAGCCCUAGCGCUUCCCCUUCUUGCUACAUUCUCGUUCCCAGUCCUGGGCAGGAGACCCAGACACGACCUCGCCUGACAGGCAGCCCCCACCGGACAAAAGUGAGGCCAUGGAUCGCACCUCUGUGUGGUUCUGAACCCAAAGGCAAGCAGAGAGACAGUCCCUGUCUUAAAGCGCCGGCCCGACAGCCAAGACCUAAGACUAAAGCCGUACAUGACCAAACCCAAAGCAAAUCCAAAGUCGGGUCCACGACAGCUUUGAACUCUGCCCCCAGUCUUAACCGCAAGGCGAGGUCUCACCCUCUUCCACCGCCGGGCUCCACUCACCACCUUCCUCCGGCUCCCAAAGCCAAACACGCGCCGUCCAGAUUCGAGCACGCACCUGGGAGCAGACCGGGUCACAGCUCUCGCCCCGUCCCCGUGCCUGGCCUUCAGCCCAGCUCACAACGAAGCCCCACCAGAACAAAGCCCUUGCCGGCCUAUGUCUCUGGCAUAGAGGCCAACAGCCAGGCUGAUCACAGCUCACAGUCUGUAUCUACCUCCAAAGCGCCUGCCAAUCCUAGCGCAGCGCCCCCUUCCAGAGGUAGCUCUCGGGCCUUGAUAGCCAAGGCCCAACCCAGGGAGCGUCCGGCUCCUGCCCCCUCCCACGUGUCCCAGGCUAACGCCUCCCAGAAGAGGAGCCAGGCCAAGGCGCUCAAAGAAGUGGUCCCGACCCAGACAGAGGACAGGAGGAAAGACAGGAAAGAGGGACACCGACACAGGGAGCGACGGGAGCGAAAGGACGACAGAAGACUGGCGGAGGAGCAGCUCCUGAGGCAUUCCUGGAUCCAGAGUUCCGAGGAGGAGGAGGAGGAGGAGCAGGAGGAGGAGGCAGCAGGGGGCGCCAAGGAGAGGCAGCGGCGAGAGGAGGAAGAGAGAGAGGAGAAGAGACGCAGGAGAAGGUGGGAGGAGCAACAGCACAGGGGUGAAUGGCAGCCACUUCAAACCAAACAGAGAAGCCACGCCGCCGCCACCGUCAACACCGUCAACACCGCCACCGUCACCGCCACCACCACCACCGCGACCGCCGCCACCACCCUUGAGAGACAGCGCCUUACUGGACAGCCCAAGCAGCGUGGGAGGACCACAAAGAAGCACCGAAAGAGUGAGCAGGAGCGAGCGACGCCGCCAGACUCCGGCUCCCCGGCGCCUUUAUAUCCCUCCGCUCCUCUCAUCUCAUCUUCCUCCUCCUCCUCCUCAUUCUCCUCUUCCUCGCCCUCCUCCUCGGGAUCAGAAUCCGAGUCGGAGUGUCGGGCCGCCAUCACCCAGGUCCCAGCGGUCUCCACGUCCAACAAAAGGCCUGCCCCUAAAAGGCCCGAGCCGGGUCCGCCGGGCAGACCCAAAGACAGCAGGCCCAGAAGCGCCGUCCCCCCAGGCCCUAAGGCCGGCAGCGCCAGCGAGGGACAGCCGGGUGAGGGGAGAAAGAAACUCUACACCCUGGUCCCGUUCGGACGCAGCGAACAAGCCACAGCGCCUUCCCACCGGGGGCUAAGGAAUCUGAGGGUGCAGAUAGACCUUUGUCUCCUCAAGAGAGUCCCUGACUCGACUCCUACUACUCCGACAACUACUACUACUACUGCGGCUACUACUACGACUACGGCCAAUCACAGCCAGCCACCCACUUCCUGUCCCUCUGCCCUGGUCAAGGCCAAGACAGGCGGAGCCAUGAGACACCUACAUGUCCCGGAGACAGACAACAGGGACAGCAAGCGGAAACGCAAGGCUGAAAAUGGUGUGUCACACAGAGAAAGAAAGAGGGCAAAUGAUCCCCCGGGCCAAACUGUGUCGGCGGCUCAGAAGCCUCUGAACAGGCACCUGGCAACCGAGACUCUGCACAACGGGUACUUGGAGGAGUACUUGGACACUAAGAGGCAGCUGUCUCCUCUGUCACCGCUAUCUGACAGCCCGGAACCCACCAAGGCUCCGCUCAAAGAGAGGGAGAAAGACAGAGAUUUCGCCAUGAAGCCCAAGCUGGAGGUGGAAAGCGUAGGCGUUUCAGGGAAGCCUUAUUCAAUGUCCAAGUCCUGGGUCCCACCCACGGGACAGGCCGCGGCCCACCAGGGCUCCAUGCCUAACCCCGAAACUCCCCACCAUGCCGAGUACUACAUGCACGAGGCCAAGAGGAUGAAGCACCGCGCAGACGCCAUGGUGGACAAGCUGGGGAAGGCGGUGAACUACGUCGACGCCGCCCUGUCCUUCAUGGAAUGUGGGAAAGCCAUGGAGGAGGGGCCCCUGGAGGCCAAGUCCCCUUACACCAUGUACUCGGAGACGGUGGAGCUCCUCAGGUACGCAAUGAGGCUGAAGAGCCACUCUGGCCCCGGGGCUCGACAGGAAGACAAGCAGCUGGCCGUGCUUUGCUUCCGGUGCCUUGCGCUGCUGUACUGGCAGAUGUUUCGACUGAAGAAGGACCACGCGCUGAAGUACUCCAAAGCUCUGCUGGACUACUUCAAGAGUUCUCCUAAAGUGCCUGCCACAGCCCCCGCCUGGAGUGACUCUGGGAAGAGCACAAAGGGACCUGCUUCCUUGAUGCCUUCCAGCCAGGCUACACACAGUCUGGGGUCACCUGGGGCCAGCACAGCCCCGUCGCUCAUCAGCAUUCCUCAACGCAUCCACCAGAUGGCAGCAAACCACCUUAACAUCACCAACAGCGUCCUCUAUAGCUACGAAUACUGGGAAGUGGCCGACAACCUCGCCAAGGAGAACAAGGAAUUCUUCAACUACUUGAACACUUUGUCCGGCCCAUUGACUCUCCACAGUAGUAUUGGCCAUGCAGUCCAGUACACCAGACAGGCUCUCCAGUGGAUACGAAUAAGUGCCAAACUCAGCUAGAGAGAGAGACAGAGAGACACAGGGCGAGAGAGAGGGCUGCUUCUGCCCUCCCUUUUUACUGGAUUCCCAUGAAGCCUCACACCAAAAAAGGCCUCAACCAAAAGUGCUCAGCCAUCACUACCUGCCCGAUACAACAAUCAAAAACAAACAACUCAGCCGUGUUCGCAAUGGAUUAACUUUGUCGUUCAUCGUACCUGAAAGAGACACCGACGGCGCGCUGGGAACCUUGCCUUGUUGUGUGGAAAGACACAAAGCACUCCUUGUUCGCCAGCAUACUACUGCACUGGUGAACAGGGCCACUGUCCCCCUGUACCCCCCCCCAGUGGAACCAUCUUACCAGAAGCAGGCAAACCCAGUGGGACACCCACAGAGACUACCCACACGGCAACAAGGACCCCCGCCUUUGUUUGGGGUUCCUGCUCAUCAGUGGACUUAAUGUGGAUUGUAGUAUGAACUGUAGACGGCCUCUCUAAACCUUUUGCCAAACGAUUUAGUAGUUACUCAGACACAGAGCUGCUGCCACAGAUGUUGUGAUUCUGCGUGGAGUCUUCUAUGUUCGGCGUUCAUGAGUAACCAUUGGAUAGCUUCCUUGGGGACAAAACUGUAGAAGUGUAUGACUAUAAUUGACACCAGGAAUUGGGCAUUGUGGACUUUUGUGAAACGGUAUUCCACUUUUAACAAAGUAACCAUCUAAACUGAGAAUUUUGUGGGAAUGCAUUUUUUUGUACUAUUUUUGGACUUUUUUAUAACUGUAACUUUUUACCUGUAUGUGUUUUAUACUGUGCAAUAUUUGUUAGGACGUUUUUAUGAAAAGAGAAAACAAGUCCAGUAGCAAACCUAAAGGGUCACUUCUAUGCAAAAUGUAUUUCUUUUCAUGUUUGAUUGUUGCAUUAUGCAAUUGUUUGAUGGAUAUUUAAUGGAGCUCACAAAGAAAUAAUUUCUCCACAGAACAAAUA